AUGGCCUCGAAACUUUUCUCCCCCCUUCAAGUCGGGCGCAUGCAGCUCGCCCAUCGCAUCACGAUGGCCCCGUUAACACGCUUCCGAAACGAUGACGACCAUGUCCCCCUCCCCAUAGUCAAGGAACACUACGAACAGCGCGGUUCCGUCCCCGGAACCCUCCUCAUCACGGAAGCGACCCUCAUUUCUCCUCGCGCCGGCGGCUACCCCAAUGUCCCCGGGAUCUGGAGUGAGGCGCAGAUCGCCGCAUGGCGCACCGUCACCGACGCCGUGCACGCCAAGGGCUCCUACAUCUUCAUGCAGCUCUGGGCGCUGGGCCGUGUCGCUAACCCGGCCAACCUGCAGAAGGCCGGCUACGACCUCGUCUCUAGUAGCGCUGUGCCUGCGACCCCCGAGGGCGCUGUUCCCCGGGCAUUGACCGAGGAUGAGAUCCGCGACUAUAUCCGCGACUACGCGCAGGCCGCGAAGAACGCCAUCGCGGCUGGGUUCGACGGAGUUGAGAUCCACGGCGCGAACGGGUACCUGAUUGAUCAGUUUACGCAGGAUACCGUCAACCAGCGGACGGAUAGCUGGGGCGGUAGCGUUGAGAACCGCGCCCGGUUCGCGUUGGAGGUCACCAAGGCUGUGACGGAGGCCAUUGGCGCGGAGAGGACGGGUAUUCGCUUCAGUCCCUUCAGUACCUUCCAGGGUAUGCGCAUGGCGGACCCCGUCCCGCAGUUCAAGUAUCUGGCGCAGAAGACAAAGGAGUUCAAGCUGGCUUAUGUGCAUCUGGUGGAGCCUCGCAUUGCGGGUAACACGGAGGUUGAUGAGCCCAGUGCGGACUCGUUGGAUUUCUUUUUCCGUGCUUAUGAGAAGGCUGGUCCGAUCAUGGUGGCCGGUGGGUAUAAGGCUGAGUCGGCCAAGGAGGCUGUCGACUCUCAGUACAAGGAUUAUGAUACCCUUGUUGCUAUGGGACGGCCUUUUACUUCGAACCCGGAUUUGCCUUUCAAGGUCAAGGCCGGUAUUCCUUUGAGGGCCUAUGAGAGGGAGAAGUUCUACCUGGUUAAGGAUCCUAAGGGAUACACUGAUUACGAAUUUAGCGAGGAGUUCAAGUCUGCGCAGGUUGCUGCUUGA